GUUGGCUACCGUGCGAGGAGGAGGUGUGUGAUAGUGUCUCUCUGCCCAAGUGAUUUCCGUUUCCUUGAUGUUCAGACAAGAUGCGGGAAAAUAUUGUUAAGAAUAUUCUCGUCACUCUCAACAUCCUGAUGUGGAUCUCGGGGUGGAUCGUGUUGGCUCUAAGCGUGCACAUGAUGGUGGGAAAUCACGCUCGGUAUUACACAGCUAUUCUUCUUGGCAGUGAACCUCGGCUGCUCGCGUCCGGUCCGCACCAGACCCCUUCCGUGCUGGAUCCUGGGUGGCUUGACAAGGCAGAACCCCAGAGCCCUGCAGCGGAUGGCGACGGCGGCGGCGACGGAGGAGGAGGUGGAGGAGGAGGAGGAGGUGGUGGAGCGGACGUUGUGGAAGUGGCGGAGAGCGGGGCGUCCAUCGAAGAGCUCGUGAUCUCGGACGCGACGGGGACGCUGAAGGCCGAGGGCACACUUCUCGUGGCGGGGGCGGUGGUGGUGGUGGCCGGGUUGCUGGGCUGCAUCGCGUCCUCACAGCGGGACAGGACGCUUCUGCUGGCGUCCCUGCUUGUUAUGAUACACACUAUAAUGUUUAUUAUAGCAGACACAAAAUUACCUUCACAUGCGACCCACUCAUUGUUCACCAAACACCUUGUAAAGCAGCUAGGUAAUAUAACCACCGUCGACUACGUUAGCCGCUACCACGAGCUUUGUUCUCAUUAG